AUGGCAGAGACAAUACCAAUACCAUACCACAAAUAUACCCAUGACACCAAACACGCCAUCCCCGCCCGCUCCUCGGUGGCCGUACCGCUACAGAAAUCGCAGACCCUAACCGUGAUCAACACCCACGGAACACAGGUGAUUGAUUUCUGGGCGUUCCAAACCCCAGAAGCCACACUCCCCAAGGCCUCCACCUCGAAGGAACAGCAGGGCCUCACACCACUCCCGAUCCACCAUUCCACAUCCCACACGCGCGCCUCGACAAUGCACCUAUCCCCCCUACCCAACGACGUCCUCGUGACCAACCGCCGCACGCCCAUCCUCAAACUGAUCAGAGACACCACUCCCGGCGUCCACGAUACCUUGAUCCCGGCGUGCGAUCGCGCGAGGUACCGUCAACUCGGGGUUCCCGCGGACACUUACCACGCGAAUUGCGUCGACAAUCUGCAUUCGGCGCUGGAGACGUUGGGCUUGAGGCUACCCGACGCGGAGGGAAGUGCGCCUCCGGAUCCAUUGAAUUUAUUCAUGAAUGUUCCUGUCGGGAGUGGCAUGGGCACGGGGAUAGGGACAGGCGGAGCAGUGGUAUCAUCAUCGCCAACACCGGAGAGCGACAGUACCACCACCACUAACAAUAAUGUUACGACGGCAGGAGCUGCCCUCACUUUCGAAGCCCCCGUCUGCAGGAAAGGCGACAGCGUCACGUUCGAAGCGCUGGUCGAUUGUGUCGCUGUUAUGAGUGCUUGUCCGCAGGACCUGGUCAAGGUGAACAAUAUGGAGCCGACCGAGGCGCAUUUCACGGUUACGGUUGGGGAGGACAGCUCUUCGUGA